AAAGGUGGAGAAAGAAAACAAAAGAUCUAACAAUAACAAAAUCAGAAAAAGGAGAGAGAACCCCAUAGAAGUUCUCUGUGUCUUCUUCUAUCACUUUCCGCUUUUGAAACCCUAAUUAUCUUCCUCAACCCGACUCACCGUUUCUCAGUUUCAAUUUCUCUCCAAUUUUCCUUAACUUUCUGUAAUCUCCUGAAUGCAGAUAUAGAUAUAUAGUAGCAAGGUUUGAUAAAUACUUGAUAGAAAUGUAUAGAGAUCGAGGAGGUGGCGGAGGAGGAGGUGGUGGUUCAUCGAAGUCGGAGAUGAUCGGUGGACCGUUGGAUCGGAAAAGAAUCAACGAUGCGUUGGAUAAGCACUUAGAGAAGUUGUCACCUUCUACAUCUAGGUCUUUGAAGGAUAAAGCUGUUCCCUCUACGUCAACCGGUGGUGGUGGUGGUGCUGGAAAAUCGCAUUUUGAUCAUCGUAAUACCAACAAAAACAAGUGCUCCGAUGAGGAAUCUGAAACGGACAGUGAAGAGUCUGAUGUUAGUGGUUCUGAUGGGGAUGAUACUUCAUGGAUUUCUUGGUUUUGUAACCUGCGUGGUAACGAGUUCUUCUGUGAAGUUGAUGAUGAUUACAUUCAGGAUGAUUUUAACCUAUGUGGAUUGAGCAGUCAAGUUCCCUACUACGACUAUGCACUUGACCUCAUCCUUGAUGUUGAAUCCUCCCAUGGUGAUAUGUUCACAGAAGAGCAGAAUGAAUUGGUUGAAUCGGCGGCAGAGAUGUUGUAUGGUUUGAUUCAUGUUCGGUACAUUUUGACUAGCAAGGGAAUAGCCGCUAUGUUGGAGAAGUACAAAAACUACGACUUUGGAAGAUGCCCACGAGUUUACUGCAGUGGACAGCCUUGUCUUCCCGUUGGUCAAUCAGAUAUUCCGCGUGCAAGUACUGUAAAAAUAUACUGUCCGAAGUGUGAGGACAUCUAUUACCCUCGAUCGAAGUACCAAGGCAAUAUUGAUGGAGCUUACUUUGGGACGACAUUUCCUCAUCUCUUCUUGAUGACUUAUGGACACCUCAAACCGCAAAAACCAACGCAAAACUUUGUCCCCAGGGUGUUUGGCUUCAAGAUCCACAAGACUUGACAGUAAAGCCCGUUAUGAUGUUGUAAACAGAUCAAAUUUUCUGCCAGUAAUGAUUAUUGCUAGGUAGCUUUGAUGUACAAUUGGUUAUGGUAGAGACAGGUGAAGCAGAUGAGUUGGUGAUAAUUAUGAAACAUUCUUCUUCAUUGAUGAAAGGCAACUUGGGCCAAUCUGUCAGGUGAAAUUUAUUCCCAGAAUAUUGCCAUGACAGCAUUUGUAAAGCUUGUUUCAUCACACCAGUUUGAGAAUUGAUUUAUAUUUCCUUCUCGACGACCAGUUUUCGUGGCCACUCUAAUGGUCUUUUCAUCUCUCUUCAGUAUUUACUCCUACCAUCAGGAUCAUAGACUAGGGUAUAUAACCCUUCCUUUUUUAGGACAAUUUCCAGUUGUAAUGAUGUGUGAUGGUAUAUUAAAUGGUUAUAUCAAAGCUAAAUAUGUUAUUUCCUUAAAA